AUUCUCGCGACGGACUGCCUGAAUAACCAUUAAAGUCAAGCGAAAACAUAUUUGUCUGCUUUUCGCGAUCAAAAUGACGCCCCCUCUUGACGAUACCGCUGAUACGCCCGUGACCCUAUCGCAACCAGCACCCGCCGGACCCAUUCCCACUACGGCCUGGCAUGCUUACUUCUCAUAUGGCAUUGGACACAUAGACUAUAGUGGUCUUAUAGAACAGCGAAAUCCCUGUAUCCGAUCACUUCGACAACAGCGGACUGUUAAGAACAAGUUCUGGUUACAGCCUCCAGCAGCCGAGGGCAUGCCACAAUUGAGCUCCAACUAUGAAAUCACAGAAAGCGCGACAUUUCCGUAUUCGAAAGCUUAUCAAGAAGUGAUGUUUCCACUGAACGUGACCCAGCGACGUGACGAAGAGCAUGGAGCUGCGGAUGGUGAAAAUCCACCAGGGCAGCAUGGUUCAAGACAGUCGCAGACGGAAAGGAUCGAAUGGAAUACGAGUGUUGCAACGCCGAUUUUCGGUGUCUCGCUUACCUCCGCUAUUGAGUUUGAGUCACGGAUCCAACCAACAUACAUCGUCUUGGGUUUAUUCCUCCGCGGCUCCCCUAACCCGAAAGAAAGAGUUGUCUUUGUUGAUAAGCCGGAACAACUCUUCUCCAAGCUCCGCUGGGCGACUUUCCGACUACGUGGAAUGAGAGGGACUCUUCUGUCUCUGAAACAUUUAAAAGGGUUUAGGCUAUACAAGUGCGAUGCAGACACUGGAACACAUAAACGCAUCACCCUCGAUAGCAAUGGAGUCGGUGACUUGCAGCUGUUGAUGAAUACCUACAGAAGCUGGCAUGUUCCUCGUCAUAUCUCCUUGGCUUGGUCAGACUGGAUCCAUUGUACGUUGAACAACAAGAGACCUGAUAUACUGGAGGGGGAAUACGCCCUUGAGCUGGUUCUGGACUGGUCAGUUACACGCAUCUCGAUCGUGGUACUCGUCCCAGUUCUCUUAAGCUUGGCCAUUGGUAUUUGGCUCAACUCAAAGGCGUGGACAGAUUUGGCAACCAUACAGACCGCGUGGGGGACAGCUUCAUAUAUCGUGACAGCUGGCGCUUUCUGGCCGAGCGAUGAUGUAUCCGCUUACGAGCCCUUCAACACCAGUCGAGAGCGCUCUGGCCUCGGCAAGCCUAUCCAAAGACGAAUUUGUGACCUCUCAGAAAUCGCGGCACUGCUAUUGAGCUUUUUCUGUAGCAUCGCUGGUCUGAUCUGCUGCUUUCAUCCAGCCACUGCAGCAAACCUGGGACAAAAGUAUCAACUUAUCAUUGUUGGCUUGAUGCUGUCUCUCAUGGACCUCUGCACCGGCAAACUGUCAACUAUCGUCUUCUUGCAACUCGAGACACGAUGGGCUAGUCUGUUGCAGAACUAUGACUCUAUCAUCAAGAAGAGUGUUUUGGGUAGUCUUCUGAAUUGGCGACCGGGGAGUCAGAGAUGGACAUUACUUCUGUCGGCGUCUCUCUUUUUUCCACUCCUUCUUAGCGUCGGUUAUAAGACAUUCGUUGGAGGAAAGAUUACUACUGAAGUACAUGUAAAUGGCGGUGAAUAUGGACUCACUGGCCCUGUUGGGCUUGCCAGCUUUGCCUCUGGCUCUGCUCUUAUGGUCAAUGCUACCAUCCCAUUCAUGUUCAGCAACAACAAGAUUAUAACAGUUGCCAUGUUGGACGGACCAAGUCCAUCUUACGUCAAGCGUAUAAGGGCCAGGCUUCAGAGCCAACAGUCAUACACCGUGUCUACUGACGUCUUUGGCUUGGCUUGGCAUCUUGAUACCGAAGUUGAAAAACAUCGCGAUGAUGCUCAAUGGUGGAACACGCUUUACGACUCAAGUGAUGACAAAGCGCCACAGAACAUAUCUCUUUACAAAGAAAAGAAGUGGCUAUCGACUCUAUGGCCUCAGGGUCAGGUGAAGCGCUUCUUCGUUCUUCUCACGCCGCAUGAGUUCCAGAAGCAAGCGCUCGAGUUUAAAAGGCAACGACUUAAUUGUCACGGAAAGUGGAGAAUCACACUCGGUUCAGUCAGCCUUAUCGAGGGUAGCUGCGCUGGACGCUUUGAAAUAGCAUUCCCGGAUGGGUGCAGAACUCUUCAUCUUAAUGAUGCCAGAUUCUUGCUCAGUGACUUUGUCAGUGACUUGCUGACGGAUAAGCUGGAUGAAGCAGCACAGAUAAGGUUCACGGCUGUGGUGUCAUCGCUUCUUUGGUCUCGAUUGACAGCUUUCUGUGGGAUAGGCUCCCCGGUCAACGAUCUUUCAUCAAAAGACCGUGAACAGUUCGAGUAUCACCGGCAAGAUCAAGCUUGGAAGACUGUCACAGUACUCAGACGAACUCCUCUGCUUACAAUCGUUAUCCUAGCCCAGCCCAUUGUCGGCUUGAUACUUCUUAUCAUCCGCAUCGCGUUUUGCUCCUCACCUGUAUUUGGGGGUUUUGGUCUCAUCAGCGUUUUAGCAGGCCACAGGUCCAAUGAAGGUGAUAUUCUGAGUGGUGCAGGCUUGUCUGGGGUUGCCAAGGAGCGCAUUGAGCUGGCUUUCGACAUGUUUGGCGAAUCAUGCGAUGACGGAGGUGAGAGGCUGCGGUUUCAGCUGAGGAAAGCAAGGAAUUCAAUGCAUCAAGAUCGGAAGAAGCUGAUAUCUGGGGUCAAGUAUCACUGA